GCCCGGCCCCCCCCCCCCGGCCCGCCCCCGCCGUGCCUAUCCCGGGCCGGGCCGCGCCCCGGCACUGCCCGAGCCGAGCCGAGCCGAGCCGGACCCCCGCGGGCACGCCGCCAGGAUGCCGUCCCAGCUGGAACACGCCAUGGAGACCCUGAUGUUCACCUUCCACAAGUACGCGGGGGACAAGGAGCACCUGGGCAAGGAGGACCUGAGGGCCCUCAUGGAGAAGGAAUUCCCGGGAUUCCUGGAGAACCAGCGGGACCCGAUGGCCCUGGAGAAGAUCCUUCGGGACGUGGAGCAGAGCCGGGACGGGCGCGUGGGCUUCCAGGGCUUCUUCUCGCUGGUGGCCGGGCUGACCAUCGCCUGCAACGACUACUUCGUGCUGCACAUGAAGCAGAAGGGGCCGCAAGUGAGGGGGCACCGGGGGGGGCGGACCCCCCCCGGGGUGAUGAGACCCCCCCCGGGGUGUUGAACCCCCCCCCCGGGGUGUUGAACCCCCACCCCGGGGUGCUGAGACCCCCCCUCACACCCCCGGGUGCUGCCUUAACCCUUCACUGUGUCCCCCCCACCACCCCCCCUGGGUGUUGCCCCCCCAUCCAGGGGGGUGCUGAGACCCCCCCCCCGGGGUGCUGAGACCCCCCUGAGGUGUUGAACCCCCCCUGGGGGUGCUGAGACCCCCCCUCACACCCCUGGGUGCCGCCUUGACCCCCCCCCCCGGGUCCUGCCUUAACCCCCCCUCCACCCCCCCUGGGUGCUGCCCCCCCACCCCGGGGUUCUGCCUUCACCCCCCCCCGAGUGCUCCCCCACCCCCCAGGGGUGUUUCCCCCCCCCAGGGGUGCUGACCCUCACCCCGGGGUGCUGCCUUGCCCCUUCUCCCCCCCCCCCAGGGGUGUUUCCCCCCCCCCAGGGGUGUUCCCCCCCACCCCUGGGUGCUGCCUUGCCCCUUGUCCCCCCCCCCACCCACCCCUGGGUGCUGCCUUGACCCCCCCCGAGUGCUCCCACCCCCCCAGGGGUGCUCCCCCCCCCCGGGGUGUUUCCCCCCCCCAGGGUGUUUCCCCCCCCACCCCGGGGUGCUGCCUUCACCCCCCCGAGUGCUCCCACCCCCCCCCCAGGGUGUUUCCCCCCACCCCGGGGUGCUGCCUUGACCCCCCCCCGACUGCUCCCACCCCCCCCCGGGGUGUUUCCCCCCCCAUGGGUGUUUCCCCCCCACCCCUGGGUGCUCCCUUGACCCCCCCCGAGUGCUCCCAACCCACCCAGGGGUGUUCCCCCCCCCAGGGGUGUUUCCCCCCCACCCCCGGGGUGCUGCCUUGCCCCUUGUCCCCACCCACCCACCCAGGGGUGCUGCCCCCCACCCAGGGGUGCUGCCUUGCCCCCCCCCGAGUGCUCCCACCCCCCCCAGGGGUGUUCCCCCCCACCCAGGGGUGCUGCCUUGCCCCCCCCCGAGUACUCCCACCCCCCCUCCGAGUGCUCCCACUCCCCCCAGGGGUGUUCCCCCCCCCCCAGGGGUGUUCCCCCCCACCCCGGGGUGCUGCCUUGACCCCCCCGAGUGCUCCCACCCCCCCCACCCAGGCGUGUUUUCCCCCCCCAGGGGUGUUCCCCCCCACCCCGGGGUGCUGCCUUGACCCCCCCCCCAGUGUCGCCCCCCCCGCCCCCCAAAUAAAAGUGUUUUGUAUUUCA